AUGGGGCCUGUGCUCCUCAGGCGAGGAGGGUGCCUCCUGCUCUGGAUGGCACUGCUCCUGGGAUGCUGGGCCGAGCUUGGUAGCGGCCUUGAGUUCCCAGGAGCGGAGGGCCAGUGGACUCGCUUCCCUAAGUGGAAUGCUUGCUGUGAGAGUGAGAUGAGCUUCAACAUGAAGACUCGCAGCUCCAGUGGCCUGGUCCUUUAUUUUGAUGACGAAGGCUUCUGUGACUUCUUGGAGCUAAUCCUGACCCAAGGUGGGCGCCUCCAGCUCAGCUUCUCUAUAUUCUGCGCUGAGCCUGCCACCUUGCUCUCUGACAUGGCUGUCAAUGACAAUCUGUGGCACACAGUGGUCAUCCGCCGCAAUUUUAAAAACACGACACUGCUAAUUGACCAGGCUGAAGCUAAGUGGGUGGAAGUGAAAUCCAAGCGGCGGGACAUGACAGUCUUUAGUGGCCUCUUUCUAGGAGGCCUGCCACCUGAGCUGCGCUCGUCUACUCUAAAAGUGACACUCUCCUCAGUGAAGGAUCGGGAACCCUUCCAAGGAUGGAUAACAGACGUAAGGGUCAACUAUACACAGUCCUCACCUGUGGAGAGUCAAGAAGUGCGGCUGGAUGAUGAACAGAGUCACUUGUGCGCCAGGGAUGACGUUUGUCUCAAUGGUGGCGUCUGUUCUGUGCUCAACGACCAGGCCGUCUGUGACUGCUCUCAAACAGGCUUCCGCGGGAAGGACUGCAGCGAAGAAGACAACUAUGUGGAAGGUCUGGCGCACCUGAUGAUGGGCGACCAAGGUAAAAGUAAAGGCAAAGAAGAAUACAUUGCAACAUUCAAAGGAUCAGAGUAUUUCUGCUACGACUUGUCCCAGAAUCCUAUCCAGAGCAGCAGUGACGAAAUAACUCUUUCCUUUAAAACUCUUCAGAGGAAUGGACUAAUGCUUCACACUGGAAAAUCAGCUGAUUAUGUCAACCUUGCCCUGAAAAAUGGAGCUGUCUCCUUGGUUAUUAAUUUGGGCUCAGGGGCCUUUGAAGCACUGGUGGAACCUGUGAAUGGGAAAUUUAAUGACAAUGCCUGGCAUGAUGUCAAAGUAACCAGGAAUCUGCGUCAGCACUCAGGCAUUGGACACGCUAUGGUGACAAUAUCAGUGGAUGGAAUUCUGACCACGACGGGCUACACACAGGAAGACUACACCAUGUUGGGCUCCGAUGACUUUUUCUAUGUUGGAGGCAGUCCUAGCACAGCAGACUUGCCAGGGUCGCCAGUCAGUAACAACUUUAUGGGCUGUCUGAAAGAGGUUGUAUAUAAAAAUAAUGAUGUGAGGCUGGAACUAUCUCGGCUUGCCAAGCAAGGAGAUCCUAAAAUGAAGAUCCAUGGAAUUGUAGCAUUUAAAUGUGAGGAUGUAGCGACCUUGGACCCAAUCACUUUCGAAACACCGGAGUCUUUUAUCUCUUUGCCAAAGUGGAAUGCCAAGAAAACAGGUUCAAUAUCAUUUGAUUUCCGCACUACUGAGCCAAAUGGGUUAAUCCUUUUCAGCCAUGGCAAACCACGACAUCAAAAAGAUGCCAAACAUCCACAAAUGGUCAAGGUUGACUUCUUUGCUAUUGAAAUGCUUGAUGGCCACCUCUACCUGCUGUUGGACAUGGGAUCUGGUACAAUUAAAAUAAAAGCUUUGCUUAAAAAGGUGAAUGAUGGAGAAUGGUACCAUGUUGACUUUCAAAGGGAUGGACGAUCUGGUACUAUUUCUGUCAAUACGAUGCGUACUCCAUAUACUGCACCUGGAGAGAGUGAGAUCCUGGACCUAGAUGAUGACUUAUAUCUUGGAGGUUUGCCAGAAAACAAAGCAGGGUUGGUCUUUCCAACAGAGGUCUGGACAGCACUACUCAAUUAUGGCUAUGUGGGCUGCAUUCGGGACCUGUUUAUUGAUGGCCAAAGCAAAGACAUCCGGCAAAUGGCAGAAAUCCAGAGCACUUCUGGGGUGAAGCCUUCGUGUUCAAGAGAAACAGCAAAGCCAUGUUUGAGCAAUCCUUGUAAAAAUAAUGGCGUGUGUAGGGAUGGCUGGAACAGAUAUGUCUGUGAUUGUUCUGGUACAGGCUAUCUGGGCAGGUCAUGUGAGCGAGAGGCAACAGUUCUGAGCUAUGAUGGAAGCAUGUUUAUGAAAAUACAACUCCCCGUGGUGAUGCACACUGAAGCAGAAGAUGUGUCAUUACGGUUCAGGUCUCAGCGGGCUUAUGGCAUUUUAAUGGCCACGACUUCUAGGGAAUCUGCUGACACGCUGCGUUUAGAGCUGGAUGCAGGACGAGUUAAGCUAACAGUCAACCUAGACUGUAUCAGGAUUAACUGUAAUUCCAGCAAAGGUCCAGAAACCCUUUUUGCUGGCUAUAACCUCAAUGACAAUGAGUGGCACACAGUACGUGUGGUUCGGCGAGGAAAAAGCUUAAAGUUAAUGGUGGAUGACCAGCAAGCCAUGACAGGUCAAAUGGCUGGGGAUCACACAAGACUGGAAUUUCAUAAUAUAGAGACGGGAAUCAUAACAGAACGCCGUUAUUUGUCCUCGGUCCCUUCCAACUUCAUUGGCCAUCUGCAAAGCCUCACUUUUAAUGGCAUGGCAUACAUUGACUUGUGUAAAAACGGGGACAUUGAUUACUGUGAACUAAAUGCCCGGUUUGGCUUCAGGAACAUCAUAGCUGAUCCAGUCACCUUUAAGACGAAAGCCAGCUACGUCGCUCUUGCCACAUUGCAAGCCUACACCUCUAUGCACCUGUUUUUCCAGUUCAAAACAACAUCAUUCGAUGGGUUAAUACUCUACAACAGUGGGGAUGGGAACGACUUUAUCGUGGUUGAGUUAGUGAAAGGGUAUUUACACUAUGUGUUUGAUCUGGGCAACGGUGCCAAUCUGAUCAAGGGAAGUUCCAACAAGCCUCUGAAUGACAACCAGUGGCACAAUGUGAUGAUAUCGCGGGACACCAAUAACCUCCAUACGGUGAAGAUUGACACAAAAAUCACAACACAGAGCACAGCAGGAGCAAGAAACCUAGAUCUGAAAAGUGACCUGUACAUUGGAGGAGUGGCAAAAGAGACCUACAAAUCCCUGCCGAAGCUGGUCCAUGCAAAGGAAGGGUUUCAGGGCUGCCUUGCCUCAGUGGACCUGAAUGGGCGCCUUCCAGACCUGAUCUCGGAUGCUCUGUUUUGCAAUGGGCAGAUUGAACGAGGAUGCGAAGGGCCCAGCACGACAUGCCAAGAGGACUCGUGUGCAAACCAAGGCGUCUGCUUGCAGCAGUGGGAUGGCUUCAGCUGUGACUGUAGUAUGACCUCCUUCAGUGGAACGCUGUGCAAUGACCUCCAGUCAUGGUGCUGCGUCUUAUCACGAGGAUAUUUUAAAAAGAGCUUGGGUGUAGCAGCAUGUAAGGGUGAUCCACGUAGGAAUGCUCCUCCUCGCUUGGUGGCCGAAGCAUCAGAUGAGGUCUUGAAUGUCUAA